UCUCUUUCAACCAUUGCUUCUCAUCACUACCUGAGUACAAUCACCAGGAACUACGCCAUUAGGGGCCGGAUGAUUGAGGGAUGAAACUACCUGCUGUUUCUAUAGCAACCAUGCAGUGAUGAAGAAAGGGAAGCAAGAGGAGAAGGUUCUCCAAGCUGUCUUGAUCAUUACAGGAGUUCAGUCCACUGGAAGGCACACAUCGACGGAGGGGAACGCUUGCUUGGUUUGUCCAUAAGAAAGAACUUGAGAUUGAGUGGUGAUAUCGAUCGGACAAAUCUGGGAGAGCAGGAGGCCUUGGCGCAUGCACUCAACAAAAUUACUAUCUUCCCAAACAUGUCAACAAGGCGUCUAUCUUGAUCGAGUUACAUGGCUUACAAUCGAAGUAAAAACGUUUACCGCGCCACUGAUGGUACAAGCAUGAAAUCAUCUAACAACAAUCCGGAGAGGAAACAGAAAUGGUACGACGAUGUACGAACACAGGGCGAUCAUAACGUGAAGUAUCUGAGCAAGAUCAAGGACAUGAAACAACAACUCCAGAAAGAUGGACAGUCUACGACGCCCUCUGUUGGUCGAGGUGGUGGUGAUCAUAGUCGUCAUAGGACGCAUCCAGUGACUCGUCCGAGUCUUACCCGUCAUCUCUCUCUUAAUCUACCAGUAUUCGUCACCAAUGCAGACUUAUCAACCGUCCCUCGUGCAGGACGGCUAUCUAUGUAUUCUAAGGCCAACAGACCAGUACCUGCUAUACACCCAGUCCAAGGAAUCGGCCUGCUAGAAGAUUCUUCUACAAGGAAAGGAACGAAACGUACUGAUUAUUACUCAAAACGGCACAACUCACUUACGUCAAUUGAUAAAUUUUCCCCAGACAUGGACAAAGGACAUCAACCACCCACACUUAAACGCUUUGCUCGCUCUCAAAAACCAACUCCAUUAUCCACCCGUGUUCACAAGGCCUCGUCAGAUUCCAGAGAUGACCAUUGCAUGCACCUGAGAUCGUACAAUGUGGCGUGUUCACACUCACAACAUCUUGGUCGGCUUCGAUCACGAUCAACAUGUAGUGAGAAUGAUUCCGGUGCCCAAACAAGGAGUAUCAAACAGGCAUUUGGUCGCCAUAGCACAGAUAAAGCAGACAACCGUGGUGCUACGACCAAAACAAAAUCAGCAGUCAAAUAUAAGCCAAGCCUAUCGAGUUCUCAUGAUAAAACUCGAAGGGUAAGUCAGGCACCAGCCCUUGACAAACGAUCCGUCAAUGUCGAUGUACCGUAUGGAGGGGUAGACUACUACAACCCAGACUCUACUGGGUACAAAGCCCCUGUCUGCACUCCACACACAGUCGUGUCUGAGAAAUCAGACCUAGGGUGUCCCUACUGCCAAAGCAGUGACAGUGGCGUGUCUGUCAACAAAGGAAGCGUUUCCUCUGCUUCAAGUUCUAAAUGCCAGGACACGAGUGACUCCGAUGAUUGGUCCGACAUUGGUGUGACUCUAUCCCAAAUACGACUGAGUCAUUCACAGUCAGAACCUUCUAUCAAGGACAUGGCCAACACCAUGACGGUAACCAGUGACAUCGACGCUGAUGUAGAAUUUCAACAGAAUCGCUCAAACUCAUCGACGACUGGGUCGUCCGAUGAUACGAUACCCGUCGUCCAGAUCAACUCGAAGUCGGAAAGCGAGAAUGAAAAGCAGAUGGAGAACAUGGUGACAAUCAGCGCACCUUUCAUUAUGUUCCGCCCGGCCACACCCCGCAUGCCGGAGAGAGAAGAGAAGACGUUUGAUCAUGAAGUUGGUCGGGUCCUUGUCAAAGCUGCUUCACAGGCUGAGCUACGACGGAAAGAGAUGCAACGACUUGUCGAAGAUAUUGAAGAGUUCAAUUCGGCGAAUAAGAAUCUUUAUCGAAAGGUCAAGCCAAUCAGCGGAUAA